AUGUCACGCCAACUCAUUUCCAGUGAAAAGUUCCCUCCUAAGCCUCAUAACUCUCCCGCCACUAAGAUUCCAGGUCUGGUUUUCUGCGCUGGUCAAACUGCCACAGGAGAAAUCAAACAAGCCACACGAACUGUUCUGCAAAAUUUGAAGGAAGUCUUGGAGCUUUCCGGAUCAUCCUUGGAGCAGGUCGUCAAGUACAAUGUCUACUUGGCCGAUAUGAAGGAUUUCGCUGCCAUGAACGAAGUAUACAUCGACUUUCUGCCUAAGCCUAUGCCUUCGAGAUCCUGCCUACAGGCUGUUCCUCCCGGUGAAGGAACUGUCAUUGAGAUUGAAUGUAUCGCGCAGGCAUAG